GCUGUUCCGGAUCUACCCCCGCGCCCCCGCCUUGCUCCAGACAGCUCCAAGAUGGAAGUCCUCAAUCAGGUAGUGGCUGGGGGGCAAUUCCGGAUGCUCAAGGAGCCGCUGGGGUUUCUGAAACUGCUGGAAUGGCUUUUUGCUAUCUUUGCGUUUGCCACCUGCGGGACCUACAGCGGGGAAUUUCGCCUCAGUGUUGAGUGUGUGAAUAAAAGCGAGAGCGACCUGAACAUUGAAGUGGAGUUUGGCUACCCGUUCAGACUCCACCAGGUCUAUUUCGACGUCCCAGCCUGCAAGGGGACCGAGGUGGACAAGGUUUUCCUCAUUGGGGAUUACUCCUCCUCGGCCGAAUUCUUCGUCACCAUCGCCGUCUUCGCCUUCCUGUACUCGCUGGCUGCCACCGUCGUCUACCUCUUCAUGGAGAACAAGUACCGGGAGAACAACAAGGGCCCCAUGAUCGAUUUUGUCGUCACCGCCAUCUUCGCUUUUAUGUGGCUGGUGAGCUCGUGCGCCUGGGCCAAGGGUCUCUCCGACGUCAAGCUGGCCACGGACCCCGACAACGUGAUCGAGGGGCUGGAUGUCUGCAAGAAAGAGGGGAACACGUGCAAAGACCUGAAAGACCCCGUCAUCUCGGGGCUCAACACCUCUGUGGUCUUUGGCUUCCUGAACUUGGUGCUGUGGACGGGGAAUCUCUGGUUCGUGUUUAAGGAGACGGGUUGGAGCGCCCCCUUUGCCAAGUACCCACCUGCCGCCCCGGAGAAGCAGCCAGCUCCGGACGCCUACGCCGACUCCUACAACCAGGGAUCUGGCUACGUGCAGCAGGAUUCGUACGGCCAGCAGGGCGGCUACCAGCCGGAGUAUAACCAGCAGGGCUACGGGCAGCCCGACCCCUACGGCCAGCAGGGGGGGUACGGCCAGGCCACUCCCACUUCCUUCUCCAACCAGAUGUAGGCAGGUCUCUCCCCCAGCAGGGGGCGUUGUGAGGAGAUGACGCCUGUCCCGCCCCCCCAUGUCCCCUCAUGUGGGGGGGCUGGUGAGGGGACCCCAGGAUGAAUGUAAAUGUUUGUGCUGUUUAUAUAUAUUAU